AUGUCUUCUACGUUGUCGGAAGCACAACGCAAAACUCUUCAGGACGAAAUCAAGGCCCUUGGUGAUGAGAUUCGAGCGCUGAAAACUGACAAAGCUGACCCCCAACUCGUUAGUUUUUCGCCCUAUUUUCUGAAUAAGGUGAAAAAAGUUUAGUGAAUAAAAAAUGCUUCGUUCGAUUGUUUGCAAAUGCGUUAAUAUGGCGAUUGAGAAGCCGCCGAGACGAGUUUACGCGCAAAGAGGUGGAAGGAGGGUGCGCCUUUUUUUGCUUAUUUUUGAGAAAAUUAUUUUUCGAUUGACCUUAUUCGAAACAAAAAUGUUAAUAAUCACUUUUCUGAGGAAAUGAUGAUUUUUCAGAUCAAAGAGCGUGUGGCGGCCAUGCUCCAGAAGAAAGCCGCCCUCGGAGACGAGCAGCCCUCUGGGAAAUUUGUCCUGAAGACCCCAAAAGGUGAGAAACGAUAAUAAAGUCUAUUUCCCGGCAGCUUGUCGCAAUAUUCUGCCGAAAAAUCAUAUGCGAUUUGAUCAAAAUGACCCCGCUUUGAGACCUUUUUUGCUGUCUUUCUGCAUUUUUUCAGAAUUUUAAGAGCUUUUUUUCUGGCUGUUCUUUCAAAGCGUAGUUGUCUCACCGCAGUGAAAAAAUAAGAUGUAUUGAGGUGUUUUUCAUGAAAACUUUCAUUAAAUUGAAAAAUAUUAAGUUCCGGAUUAUAUUCCUAGUAAAAUUCAGUGAUUUUUCGUUAGAUUGUGUGAUCAAUUUUAAUAAUAAGAGAGUCAAAUAUCCCAAUACAAGCUUUAUAAUUGAUAUUUACUCUGUUGAGACACUUUUAAAACCACUUGAUGUUCUCAUCAGAAUUUUUCAGGCACCCGAGAUUAUGGCCCAGCAUCGAUGGCUGUCCGAGAAUCCGUUCUCAAAACAGUCACGGCUUCCUUCAAAAAACACGGAGCCGAAACCAUCGACACUCCAGUUUUUGAACUUCGCGAGGUUAAAUUUUAGCUCUCAUGAUGUUUCGAAAUUCAUGUUUGAAGGCUUUUAUUCCAGUUUUUUCCAGCUAGGCAUAAACAUUCGAAUUAAUUUUGGUACAGGCUAAUUUUUGAUCCAAAUACAGCGGUAUAAAGGUUAAUUAGCUAAUUAACAACAAAUAUUUUCAAUUUAUGGUCAAACUAAACUGCGUCGAAGUUCGUUUUUGAACCUUGAAUCAAUGAUUUUCAUAACGAAAGAAGUAAACUCACAAGGGAAGUCAUUUUACUUCGCGGUUUGGAAUUUUCUACAAAUUUGCUCAAAAACUCUUUGAAGGUCCAGAUAAAGAUCCCUCAUUAUCGCUACCUGCGCAAACCUGAUUUUGAGAUAUUAUUUUUCAAAGUUGCGAAAAAUUGGUUUUAGGUCUUUUUUUUCAACCUUCAAAAUCAAAUAUUUCGAAAACUAGAUUCUGGCGUGGGUUGCAACGUUGUUGGAUCGUCAUAUGAACCUUCAGAGAUUGUUUGAGCAAAUUUGUUGGAAAUUCCAAACCGACAAGUAAAAUAACUUUCCGUAUCAGUUAUCAGCUAUUCUUAUUGUUCAUUUUUCAGGUCUUGAUGGGUAAAUAUGGAGAAGAAGGCGGAAAACUCGUCUACGACCUUCAAGAUCAAGGCGGUGAAUUGCUCUCCAUGCGCUAUGAUCUAACGGUAGUUAUUAUAUUUGAUAAUAAUAUGUUUAUUUCCUUCAAUCGAAAUGAAGAGGUUACGAAGCAAAUGAAGUUGCUGCCGACCAGAAACUGCUUCCGCGCGACAGCUUAAGAUCAGAGAAACUUGAAAAGCAAUGCUAAAUAAGGAACACUGCAAACUUAGCCUGUCUGCGCACUCCACCAAUUAAGCACUGUCUUUUUUCAAAUCGUGAAAAGACCUUUUUUCAACCACUCAAGCCAUCGAGAUAAGCUAUAACUUGACACGCAACGCGACCGCAAUGCGUUGAGCCAUUCUUCAAUUUUUUUCAUACGCGGUCUAGGCAAAAGUUCCUUCCGUAGAUUUGCACAGGCUUUCACUGAAUUCAAUGGGUGUUCCUAACCUUGUUUGAUGAUUUUUCAAAGAAAAAAAAGUUGUUAAAAUCCUCAUUUUCCAAGAAACGAGUUCAGGUUCCCUUUGCUCGGUACCUGGCGAUGAACAAGAUCACCAACAUAAAAAGGUAUCACAUCGCCAAAGUCUACCGACGAGAUCAGCCGGUGAUGACCCGCGGCCGUUACAGAGAGUUUUAUCAAUGUGUUAGUACAUAUUCUCAUAAUCAUCAUAUUUUUCCCGCUUUUUUAGGAUUUUGAUAUUGCUGGCCAGUAUGAUCUGAUGCUCCCCGAGGCGGAAUGCUUGAAAAUCGUCGACGAAGUUCUUUCUGGCUUGGAAAUUGGCGAUUUCUAUGUGAACGUGAGUUAUGAAGAAAUUUUAGAAGUAUUUUUCAUGUUUUUUUUGUAUUUCUUAAAUCAGAUUCGUUUUAUGUAUUCUUUAUGAGAACCAGAAAAUCUUGCUUUUUUACUGAAAGUUUGCUCAGGGAUAUCAGUGGUUUUUUUGGAAUUUCAAGAUCUCCAAAAAGAAAAUAAACUUAUUCUUUUCAGAUUUUUUUAAAUAUUUUAUAAGUGAGAUAGUGUGUGAUUUGAAAAUUAGGGAAGCUACGAAAAUUAUAAAAAAAUUUACAGCUAUAAAUUCUGUCAAUGAUAAGCGAGGAUGCUAUCAAAAAAAUUUUUCUGAUUCUCAUUUUUUUUUUCUCAAAAGAUAAAAAAGAGAUUUCGUGAUAAUCUUUUUUUUCUUACCAUGGUCAGAAGAAUUCCGUUUGCACAAUGGGAACCCGGUCACUGAUUGCCACAUAAAAAUUCAUUGAUAACCAUAUUUUUCAUAGUUUCAUGCUGAUUCUCCUUCAGCUGAACCACCGCCUGAUCUUGGAAGGAAUGUUCGCAGUCGCCGGAAUCCCCGCAGACAAAUUCAAGACGAUAUGUUCCUCCGUCGAUAAACUCGACAAGACUCCUUGGGCCGAAGUCGAAGAAGAAAUGAUCAAGGAGAAGGGAUUGAACAGUGAACAAACGACGAAACUUGGCGCCUUCGUUCGGUUCCGAGGUUUAAAAAAGACCUUUUCUACUUAACAAAAGUGUUGUUCUCCAGAAAUCAACCCAACCUUGAGCAAUAGUGAACUUUUGUCGAAAAUCGCCGAGCUCGAAGGGUUGAGUAAUAAUGACAAGUUCAAAAAAGGCGUCUCCGAGCUUCAGGUUUGUCAUUUUUUGUUGUAUCGCCGGUUUUACCGCGGCUCGAAAGGCUGUAAUUUCUCUGUAACCUCCUCGUUUCUCUAUGACUCUCUCAUAUUUACAUGAUCUUUUCAUAGUUCUCUGACUUGAAAAACAGAGAGACACAGACACAAAACAAACUGUAAAGUUGCGCAUUGUAUGUAGAUCAUUCAUAAAAACUGACUGGGUUAUUCAAAAUCGAGAGUGAAGCUCUUCGCGUCGAGACCUGGACGAAUUCAUCGCCCAUGCUCCUUCAAAUUUAUCUUAACUCAUGAAAUUUUACUUCAAGGUCCUCAUCGAAUAUUGUGACAUUUACGGCAUCAAGUCGGUGAAAUUUGAGCCCGCCCUGGCUAGAGGAUUGGACUAUUACACUGGAGCCAUCUAUGAAGCCGUUGCGCCGAGUAAAUUGAUCUAUUUUAAGAGUUAGGGAUGUUAAAAUAUCAUUUUAGAAGCUUUGGAAGGCACUGCUGUGGAAAAAGCUGAAGAUGCCGAAGGUCAACCGGCUGGCGUCGGAUCCGUAGCUGCGGGAGGACGGUAAAUUUCUGAGCAGACUUUUUUUUUUCAAAUGUUCUGAAAGGCCAAGUGAACCUUUAUUCUAAAAAAAAAAAUUGUGAAAAGGUCUUUAUAAAAAAAAUUUUAGGAUAAUAUUAUGUUCUUUUUACAAAGUAAUGAGCUGACAAGGUCAAAAAAUCUCGUUUUUGCUAGAUAAUUCUUGAAAAAACAGAUCCAUCUUGCAAAAUAAUUGAAAGAAAAAUCUAAGAAUUUCUUUCUCCAUGAUAUCUGAAAUUAUUUUUAGUUACGAUGGCCUUGUCGGAAUGUUCUCUCCCAAAGCUAACGUCCCAUGUGUCGGUGUCUCCUUCGGAAUCGAACGACUUUUCGCGAUCAAAGAAGCGCGUCAGGUUUUUCAACAACUUCCUCUCCCUCAUCAUGAUUCAUUAACUUUAAGGCAGCCCAAAGUGUCUUACGCACAUCGGAAACUGAAGUCUUCGUUGCGUCAGCGCAAAAAAAUCUACUUAAGGAAAGAAUGAAGAUUUGUAAAGAGCUUUGGGACGACGGGAUUAAGGUAUCUCCCUUCUUUUUUCUGGGAAAUCGAGUAAUACUCUAUUCUAGGCGGAAUUCGCCUACAAAGCCAAUCCCAAACUUCUCACGCAGUUGCAAUAUUGUGAAGAGCGGAAAAUCCCGCUCGUCAUCAUUAUUGGCGAACGAGAAAUCCAGGAGAAAAUAGUCAAGUUGAGAAAUGUCGCCUCAAGAGAGGAAGAGGUAAAAUGCUACUUUUCUUUGAAAAUCAUCUUCAUUCAUCUUUUGUUUUCAGGAUGUUCCACUCUCCUCACUGGCCAACGCGAUCCGUGAGAAGAUUUCAAAAUUGCUUUAG